CAAGUUUCUUUCAAUAUAAUGAUUACAGUAAGCAUCUUUUAUUCUAUGAACGCGGUGGGAUUCGGUCGAGAUUAAUGCAUAUGCAUCCGUUUGAUCAACUGGCGCACUCAAGGGAUAUGUUUUGUAAUCAAAGCCAAGCAAGCUCUCUUCACAUAGAGGGAAUUGAGGGUUUUUUUUCUUGAUCUGCUGCUUUCCUUUCCCACCCACGGUCCUGCCUGCUCACUGCUCCCCUCUGGCCAUGGAUGAGAACAAUUUCAGGUAUAACUGAAUCGAAGGUACUAUAAGUAAAAAAUGUUUCCUUGGGGGGGAUUCAGCUGUUGCUUAGGCGGUGCUGCCCUCUAUUGGCUUGGUCACAACAGCGGAAGGGAUGCCGAUAUUCUCAAGUCUGUGAAACGGGUCAGCCAAAUCAGAGAUCUUGAUCCGCUUCUCAGUACAGCAUGUAAAGUUGUACCAUUGGUUGUUUCUGUUGCUGGACGAGUUGGGUCAGAAACACCAAUUGUUUGUGAGCGCAGCAGGAUUAGAGGUGUUAUUUUGGAGGAGAUGGUUGAACAACAUUUCUUGAAGCAUAACGAUGCUGGUUCAUGGAUUCCAGACUGUGCUGUGAUGCCUUCAAAAAGUAAAGAGGUCCCAUGGUAUCUGGAGGAUGGAACAGGCCAGGUAUAUGUAGUUGGUGCUCGUGGUGCAUCGGGUUUAGAAUUGACUGUUGCAAGUGAAGUUUUUGAAGAAUCUGGUCGCUCCUUUGUACGUGGGACACUAGACUAUUUGCAAGGCCUCAAGAUGCUUGGAGUGAAGCGGGUUGAAAGGGUUCUUCCCACAGGCGCUACUCUGACAGUUGUUGGUGAGGCUGUGAAAGAUAAUAAGACAAUUCGAAUCCAGCGACCUUACAAAGGUCCGUUUUAUGUUUCCCCAGAGAGCAUUGACCAACUCAUUGUAAAUCUUGGCAAAUGGGCAAGGUGGUACAACUUUGCAUCUUUAGGCUUGACAAUAUUUGGUGUAUACUUAAUAACAAAACAUGCCAUCAGGCAUAUUUUGGAAAAGAGGAGACGUCGUGCACUACAAAGAAGGGUAAUGGAAGCUGCUGCUCAGCGAUUGGAACAAAAGAAGCAAGAAUCGGACCAGAGUCAAACAGGAAGCCAACAUGAUAAUGAUGUAAAAAAGGACAAUCACAUGCAAGAUAUGUGUGUAAUAUGUUUGGAGCAAGAAUAUAAUGCAGUCUUUGUUCCGUGUGGUCAUAUGUGCUGCUGCACAUCAUGUUCAUCGCACUUAUCAAGUUGCCCACUUUGUCGACGACGCAUACAACAAGUUGUCAAGACCUAUCGUCACUAAUGUACAAAAAUAUAGUUACAAUGUGAAUGCUACCGUAGGUAAUAAUUAAUAUAUAGAAGGUUUUGACGGGUUUCUUCAGUGAUUUAAAUGUUGUAACUGAGAAAAAUUUGAGUUUGUUUAAUAUCAUUGAUCAUUGUUGUGUUGAGCUUCUGUUAAUUACUGGCUCUUGUUAAACAAAAAUAUAACAGUCCAUUUGAUAAAUUAUAAAUGGAUUGCACACCAAAAGAGCCAUUGUCCUUGAUGAGAGUUCAUCUGGAUUCUGAACAAUCAAGUAACAACCACUGCAAGUGCUAUUCAGGUUUUCGUUCCAUGUCUGUACAUGGAGAGUGA